GAUCUCCACGGCAUCGGUCGGUCGUGUACUCCUCGCUCGCCUCUCCCCGCAUCGCGAUCACCUCCCUCCCUCCGCCGCGGCGAGCUCGCCGGAGAUCGGGACGCCGGCCCCGUCCUCCCCGCACCCGAUGGACGCAUCCUACCGCCGCGGAGGAGGCGGCGGCGGCGGCGGCGGUUCCGCCCCGCGCUCCGUCGAGGAAAUCUUCAAGGACUUCCGCGCCCGCCGCUCCGCCAUCCUCCGCGCCCUCACCCACGACGUCGAGGAUUUCUACGCGCAGUGCGAUCCAGAGAAGGAGAAUCUGUGCCUGUACGGGUACGCGAACGAGGCGUGGGAGGUGGCGCUGCCGGCGGAGGAGGUGCCCACCGAGCUGCCGGAGCCGGCGCUCGGGAUCAACUUCGCGCGCGACGGGAUGAACCGCCGCGACUGGCUCGCGCUCGUCGCCGUCCACUCGGACUCGUGGCUCGUCUCCGUCGCCUUCUACUACGCCGCGCGCCUCAACCGCAACGACCGGAAACGUCUGUUUGGCAUGAUGAAUGAUUUGGCAACUGUUUACGAAGUCGUAUCCGGUUCAAGACAAUCUAAGGAGAGGGAUAGAUCCGGCAUGGACAACAGCAGCAGCAGAAACAAAAUGUCAUCGAAGCAUACAAGCGAGGUGGCGCGUGUCGAAAAUAAUGUCAGGGAGGCGGACGAAGGCUACGACGAAGACGACGGUGACCACGCCGAGACAUUAUGCGGGACGUGCGGCGGGAUAUACAGCGCCGACGAGUUCUGGAUCGGGUGCGAUAUCUGCGAGAGGUGGUACCACGGCAAGUGCGUCAAGAUCACUCCGGUGAAGGCGGAAAGCAUAAAGCAGUACAAGUGCCCGAACUGCAGCACCAACAAGAGACCUAGACAGUAGUUGCACUGCACCCUCCGGCGAGAGGGGAGUCGGAGUCGCCGGCGCCGGCGGUGCCUCCAUUGACGGAGGCGUCAAGCAGCAGGGGUUGAUGGUCCAGCUGUGGUUACUGUACCUUCCUUUUUUUUCCGACUUACAUAUGAUGAAGAUGGUGAUGUCAAUGUGAGGGAAGAAGAUCACAAGACAUUGAUGUGAGGUGAACCUGAAUGUUGCCAGAGGAAUAGGAGGUAAGUCAAUAUAUGUAACUUUGCGAGACAAGCUGGGACGGUUUAUCUGACAAUAAUCCGAGAGGUUUGUUGUUAAUAUGUUGUUAGUCAAAUGACUCAAUUUCGCUGUAAUGUGAAAUAACAUGGGUUCACUCCCAUUAGGAUAAAGCCAUAAUUUCAUGACAUUUCUUUAACUUCGGUAUGUAUUUAUGUGGUGGUGUUACGUCGCAGUCCUGGAGUGGAAAUCCAAGAAAAUUAUA